UUUUCUGAAAAAAUGGUCUUGGAUCAUAGUUACACUGUUUCCAAUUUUAAGGUUCAGACCUUCGUCUCAUAAGUUUAUGUUGAAGUUUACUGCUGGCACUACGGUUACGGAUGAUAACAACGCUGAAAUACCUCCAAAGCCGUUGGUGUUUACUAAAUUUACUAAUAUAAUAAACGGCAACUUUAACAAGGAUGUGCUAAUAGAUGUCAUUGGUAUGGUGGAAAGUAUUGGGUAUUCACAGACCACAUCAGGUGCCCGGAAGCAGCAGAUUAACAUGAUGCUGCGUGACGGGGGUGAGAAUACUAUCAAUUGCACGCUUUGGGAAUCCUAUGCUGAACAAUUCAUGAAGUUCAAGCAGGAGCGCGGAGAUGAUUCUGGUCCUAUUUUUGUCAUGAUUCAAUAUGCUAAAGUCAAGGAACAGGGUAAGUUUCCACUGUCCGUGACAAACACGUUUAAUGUUACCGUCCUUGGUCUGAAUACUGAUUUGCUGCCGAUGAAAGAGUUUAUAGAAAGUUUUCCGAAGGAUUCCAUGAUUACGUUGUCUGGCCAGGAGGGUUCCAAUUCACAGCUUUCAGCACAGAACUCUGAAAAUCAACAGAUGACUCCUGUACCGAAAUUGCUUUCAAAGGCUGUUGUAAUGCCUAUUGGGGAUAUUAUAAAACUUAGAACUAUUACAUUUUGUGCGACUGUUGGAGAAACUAAAAUGCUAGUUGCCUCUCCGUAUGGCUGGUAUUAUCGUGGUUGUCAUGCUUGCUCAUGUAUUGCGCGUGGUGACAGAGCUCCGUUUGAGUGUGAGGCUGGACAUUUCACUGAGGCAGAGAUUUUUAGGUAUAAGAUUGAGAUUGAGGUUACUCAUGCCGGGAAUAGUUGUAACUUUCUAUUUUGGGACCGAGAGUGUGAGUUACUUUUAGGAUUGUCUGCUUCUCAGCUGCGUCAUACAAUGAUUAAGAUGUUGGAUUGCAAGAUGGCUUUCAAAGUUAAGUGGCAACCACGUUGGAAGAAUGCCUAUGUCGUUAUGCUAUUGAAGAAUGACCCUUUUGUGAAAGAGCUUGCUGAUCAGUUUCACACAGAUGAGAUGAAACAACCUGUUGUCGAAGCAAUGACCACUGUUCGAUCCGAACCUAAUUUUGUCGUCGUAAGGACGUUUACUGAUCUUGAUGUGAGUUCAACGCACAGCACAGAUCCACUUACUCCUACUGGAAAAAGACACUUUCCAGGCGCAUCAAGCGAGUCAACAACCUCGGAUGCCACGUGUGAUGGAGAACUUUCAUCAAACAAGUUAAAGAAAAUUAUAAAAAUAGAGAAGAUAGAUUAG